CAUUUGUUCAGUUCCGCUUCCGCUUGCUUUGAGACAAAAUGGUCUAUGUACACUACAUUGCCGCGGAUCCCAUUGCGAAUGACCGAGCCUAUCCAUAUUUUACGUGGAUUUUCAUCUCUGCGGAUCGCAAUACCGCCGAGACAUGCUUCCGCAUUCUGCAAGAGAACAAGGGCCGGAGCCUUACCGUUCCCAUGGGGCCCUCCCAGACGGUGCAGACACUGACCCCCAAGGGGAUUUACCGGAUGUCUCCCAAGUUCUGGGUUUUGCAAAUUGCCGAAAACUCUGACUGCAUCUCCAACCUUGCGGGGGCUGCCAGCCUCAACCCAGUCCCCGGCACUGGGCAAAAGGACCCUGCAUUCGCCCCGUUGGCAGGGAGGAUGCUCUGCUACUGGAUGGGUCCGUACGCCGCACUGGGCAAUAAGCCACUGGCGCAACUGUUCGACGGGCAUGAAUAUGACCGCCUGUCCGGAUACAGCUUCUUCAUCCGGCAAUGUGGCUACCCUAAUACCUACUGGUACUGCGAUGGCGAGCGCAUCUACUUGUCCACUACGAGGCGGUCGCGAUUCACGGUCAGCAUUGCGGACCGUAACACCGACACCGUGCGGGAUGCCUCCUCCAACACUCCACUGAUUGAGAGUGAUCACAUAACAAUCUCUUGGUCUGACCGAGGGAACCGGAAACGAAUUGGAUUGGACGACAACUACGGUCUGAUCCCCAAUGCCGACGAUUACAAGGUCUUUUCUUACCUCGACUUCGCCGGCCGCUUCUCCUUGACAGAUACCGCAAUCCCGGACCCCGGCCACGAUGGUAGUACGACCGUACAGGCCUUAUGCUGGCUGGGUCGCCGGUCUUCCCAGGAGGCCUUUGAACUAUGCUACGGAUUUUAUCCGGAAGAUGAUCGAUGAACCUGAGUCGACUGCUGCAAGAACGAGGCAGUGGGCCACGAAGUGUUUCAGUCCCUAUUGCCGGAUUUACCAUCAUGUCAAGCAAUGCAACAUACCACAGCGACACGGAGGAGAGAAGGAGGGUUGUCACAAAUAUCAUGUUAUAUGGGGGCCGUGAACUCCCGCUGCAUUUCCGACGAUGCACUGGCUGAAAAUGAGCACCAAUUGCAAAGGGGAAUGGAGGCAUGUGUACUUGUAAUCUAUCCUUUCACCUUGAAUGACACAAUGUGAC